GAGGAACCGUAGUGAAGCCUCCCAACAACUUUAACUGUCAAUCAGACUUAAUGGGGUAUUAAAAAAAAAUGGGGGAAAAAGGGCCGCCCUCUAGCUCAACGCCGCGGCUGCCCCGGGAGUGAAUGAAUAAGGCCGCGCAGACCGGGGCGUCCGAUCCACGCGCGCUCCGCACCCAGGCCCUCUCGAAGUUGGAAAGGACAAAAAGAAGGCAAUAAAUGCGAAAAAGGGAGAGAGAGGGAGCCGGAUCGAGAGGCAACUCCCAGCGUGUGCUGGGAGAGAGAGGGAGGGAGGGAGCCGGGGAGAACGAGCGCGCGCGAGGGCGAGCCCUGCACGUAAAGAAACUGACACCCGGACCCCCCACUUCUGCUGCACGUUGCUGGCAAUCAGAUCGCGUUUAAGCAAUUUCCUGAGCCCAAGAAUAGCAAUGAGUCGGGAGACUUUCGCGGGCUGAAAUUGGGAGCUCCAAGCACUCCCCCCACUUUUUUUUUUCUCCUGGAGAAGGGGUGGGGGCGCGCUACAAUUUGGAAACAGCUUUUUUUUUUUUUUUUAAUCUUGCACUUUGAAACCGCGGGACUGUAGCAGGGUGCGCGCGUGCGGUUGGUGCCUUUUUUUUUCUUCCCCUGCCUAAACUCCUCUGUCAGUCUGUAAACAUCACCUGAGAAUUCCCCAGCCGAAACGGCUGCUGGGGCAAGAAACUUCUUGUUAGAACUUUCCACCUCCGGCUUCGCCUCCACCUCCCGUACCGUCCCAACCUUCUGAGACGCUUUUCUCCUCCCGGGGAGGAUUGAUUUUUUUUUUUUUUUUCUCUCACCCUGUGCUUUGCAUUUGGGAAGAGGUGAUUUCAAGAGUGGCCAGGUGGGACGCCUCUCUCCUCCUUCUUAUUCGGUUUAUUUAUUAUUGUUUGGGGUGUUUUCUUUUUUAAUUCCUGUUUUGUUCGGUCUGGGGAGUUUUCCGCCCCCUGCCCGGCUCCGCGGCCCGGAGGAUGGUGUGGAAAUGGCUGGGCGCCUUGGUGGUGUUCCCUCUGCAGAUGAUCUAUCUGGUGGCGAAAGCAGCCGUCGGACUGGUGCUGCCCGCCAAGCUGCGGGACCUGUCGCGGGAGAACGUCCUCAUCACUGGCGGCGGGAGAGGAAUCGGCCGUCAGCUCGCUCGCGAGUUCGCAGAGCGCGGCGCCAGAAAGAUUGUUCUCUGGGGCCGUACUGAGAAAUGCUUGAAGGAGACAACGGAGGAGAUUCAGCAGAUGGGCACGGAGUGCCACUAUUUCAUCUGUGAUGUGGGCAACCGGGAGGAGGUGUACCAGACGGCCAAAGCUGUCCGAGAGAAGAACAGCCCUGCUGUGGCACUAUCCCCAUCUCACAAAUCAAGACUGGCGCUCAGAGAGGUGGGUGACAUCACCAUCCUGGUAAACAAUGCUGCCGUGGUCCACGGGAAGAGCCUGAUGGACAGUGACGAUGACGCCCUCCUCAAGUCCCAGCAUAUCAACACAUUGGGACAGUUCUGGACCACCAAGGCCUUCUUGCCACGCAUGCUGGAGCUGCAGAACGGCCACAUCGUGUGCCUCAACUCCGUGCUGGCGCUGUCUGCCAUCCCCGGGGCCAUCGACUACUGCACAUCCAAAGCGUCGGCCUUCGCCUUCAUGGAGAGCCUGACCCUGGGGCUGCUGGACUGUCCGGGCGUCAGCGCCACCACGGUGCUGCCCUUCCACACCAGCACCGAGAUGUUCCAGGGCAUGAGGGUCAGGUUUCCCAACCUCUUCCCCCCACUGAAGCCGGAGACCGUGGCCCGGAGGACGGUGGAAGCCGUGCAGCUCAAUCAGGCCCUUCUGUUGCUCCCAUGGACCAUGCACGCCCUCAUCAUCUUGAAAAGCAUCCUCCCACAGGCUGCGCUCGAGGAAAUCUACAAAUUCUCAGGGACCUACACCUGCAUGAACACUUUCAAAGGGCGGACAUAGAGGUGAGACCCAGAGACACACUCAAGGAGCCAGAGCCGGAGGGGGCCACGCACCCGGGCACACACCUUGCAUCUGUCCGUCGGCACAGUUCUGCUGGGUGAGCAGGACAGCUCCUCUCCCCCGGGAAGAAUCUGGCUGCCCCCCAGGCCAGCCCCAGGACCUUUGCACAGGACUGAUGGGGGUAACUCUGACCCCCAUGGGGAGGCGAGAAACCAGCCGGCAGCCGUCUUGACACUUUUGUGCAUUUCUAAUUCUGUAGAGUUUAUUGUUCAAUCGCUUCUCCAGUCUAACCAACCUCGGCAGUGUGCAUAGACUAUUUCCAGAAGGGUCUGUCCCCAGAUGCUCUGCCUCCCCCUCCAAAACCUACUCAUCCUUGGCUUGCACAAACUGGUUGAACAGCAGGAAUGAAAAAUAAAGAAAGAUGGCUUUUGUGA